AUGUCGACAAGUGCGACUGAUCCUAAGCGAUGGCGACUUGACGUCGACAGCGGUGUCCACCGGUGGCGAUAUCUUGAUGAGCCCGCAUCCACGCGGCUGCCACAGUCUGCGGCUGAGAAAUACUUUCUUGCACUACCCACAGGAUUGCCGCAACUUCCUAUUCCAAGGAAUUUCCAAGAAUCCGCUCGCAAUGGGUUCCGGUUUUACCAGAAUCUCCAGCUGGAUGAUGGCCAUUGGGGAUGUGCAUAUGGUGGCCCCAGCUUCUUGCUUGCUGGCAUGGUCAUCGCGAUGUACAUUACCGAGACCGAGAUCCCUCCAGAAUGGAAAACCGAGAUUAUACACUAUCUAAUGAGCACGGUUAACAAAGAUGGCGGUUGGGGAUUACAUUCUGCUGGUGAUUCGACAGUUUUUGCAACAACUCUCUACUACAUCACGCUGCGAAUCUUGGGUCUCGAGUCGACACAUCCUUUGUCUACCAAGGCUCGCGCCCGUCUUCACGCCCUAGGAGGGGCCAUUGGAAUCCCCCAGUGGGGAAAGAUAUGGCUGGCAUUAUUGAAUCUUUACAGUUGGAGCGGUGUAAACCCAAUCCCCCCGGAAUUCUGGUUGCUUCCUGAUUGGAUUCCGUUCCAUCCCUGGCGUUGGUGGGUUCAAUGCCGCGUCGUUUAUCUCCCUGUUUCGUAUCUUUAUGCAAACAAGGUCACAAAGCCGUUAGAUCCGCUUCUCACCAGCCUCCGCCAAGAGAUCUAUACACAACCGUACGAGGAAAUAAUAUUCGAGCAAUUCCGGAACACCGUGGCACCUGUUGACCUAAAAAAGCCGAUAUCCGCACUACUUCGCGUCGCCAAUGUAUUCCUACGCUGCUGGGAACAGUAUUUUCGACCAAAUUGGAUUGCUCAAUGGGCUAAUCAGCGAGUUUGCGCGUUGAUCCAGCGCGAGGAUGAGAACACCUCCUACAACUGUCUGGCUCCAGUCAAUAAAGCCUUUCACAUGGUUACCGUUUGGCAUUCUGAUGGCCCCAAUAGCUCUCGCAUGAGCUGUCACCGUGAAAAAAUAGCUCCAUAUAUGUGGAUGGGAGAAACGGGGAUGACCUGCAGUGGCACUAAUGGUGUCCAAGCCUGGGACACGGCAUUCAGCAUCCAGGCUAUUUUCGAGGCUGGCCUAGCCAUGGAGCCGGAGUUCCGUUCAUCAUUGGAAAAUGCCCUGAGUUACCUGGACAUCUCCCAAUUGAGGGAAGAUUUGGCCGAUCCUUAUCGCCAGCCACGGAAAGGUGGUUGGCCAUUCAGCACCAGAGACAAUGGCUAUGUGGUAUCCGAUUGUGCGGCGGAGGGCCUAAAGGCCGUUCUGAUGCUUCAAGAGCAGUGCCAUUUUGUCAAACGCAUCUCCGACGAACGCCUGCACGACUGUGUCGACACCCUGCUGCUCAUGCAAAACCCAGGCGGUGGGUUCAGUAGUUAUGAACGCACCCGCGCGAGCAGCCUGCUCGAAUAUCUAAAUGCGUCGGAGGUGUUUGACCGCAUCAUGGUCGAGUACUCAUAUCCCGAAUGCACAACGGCUGUAGUGACAGCCCUAUCGCUCUUCCGCCGCCAUUUCCCCACCUACAGGUCUACCGAAAUUGAUAGGGUAAUCCACCGUGCGAUAAAAUACAUCAUCAAUGCGCAACGGCCUGACGGGAGCUGGUAUGGGUCAUGGGGAGUGUGCUUCACCUAUGCUUCGCUCUUUGCCAUGCAGAGCCUAGAAGUGGUUGGUCAGACUUGGCAGACUAGCAACGCUGUUCGCAAGUGUUGCAAGUUUUUGAUUUCCAAACAGAAGAAUGAUGGAGGCUGGGGUGAGCAUUACACUUCUUGCGAGGUGGAAGAAUAUGUCCAGCAUGAGAGAAGCCAGGUGGUGAAUACUGCCUGGGCGUGCUUGGCACUGAUGCAUGCACAUUAUCCGUAUAAAGAAGCCAUUGAGAAAGGGCUCAAGUUGAUUAUGAGUCGGCAGCAGGCCAAUGGAGAAUGGCUCCAGGAGGGCGUGGAAGGCGUUUUUAAUAACACAUGCAUGAUCGGAUAUCCAAAUUACAAGUUCUAUUUCACUGCAUGGGCCUUGGGGAGGUAUAGUAAUGAGUAUCUUCCCAUGCUAAAGGAAUUGGAUGCUAGUUAG